AUGGGAAAGGGGGAUGAAAGGUUCCCCCUGGCCUCACCUUGGGUGGUUUCUGGGGGGUUUGACGGCACCCUCGCAGGGAGUCCGAUUGUGGAAGAGGAGGUGGAGCCGGGGGAGGAAAAGGGAGAUUUCGACGAGAACAGAAGAAGGGCGCGGCGGAUUCGCUUUCGCGCGUUUCCAUCCCCCUCGCGAAGGGGGGGUGGGGGGUCGUCCAAGACCUCGCGGGAGGCCCUCCCGUAUCUUCGUGGGCUCUUCGUCGACGCGGAUGGGAGGGUGUUGUGUUGCACGGAAUCUUCUCUCACGAUUCGUGGAGGGUUUGCCAGCCCGACGGUGGAUUUCUUCUCGUGGAAGGCGGCCGCCAUGGCGGAGGGGGGGCGGGGUCUUUUCCCCACCGCCCUCACCGCCCUCGUGGGGCCGUCGGGGGGGGGGCGCGGCUUUCUCGCCACCGCAGGGGGUUCGCUGAUCGUCGCGGCGUACCCUCGCGAAAAGGGCGAUGCCGCCUUGUCGAUCUCGUCGUUAUGGGGGGCGUAUGGGAAGGUGAUUUCGCUCAUUGCACGCGCGUGGCGGGGAGGGGGGGAUCCGGCGAGCUCGAUCUCUUCCUCCUCUUCGUUUGCUUCUGCUGCUGUGGUGUUGCUCGUUUCCUCGCAUGCGGAUCGGUCGGUGGUGGUGAGUGGGUGGGGGGGGAAAGCGGGAGAAGGGCGCGUUCUCGCGUGCGGCCGCCCCCCCUCCGGCGCCCUCCCCACCGCCCUGCAGCUUUGGCAGCCCCCAUCGAACGAGGGGGACGCGCCCCUCCUCGUUUUCACCGGCGAUAAGGCGGGAAGGCUGCGGGUUUUCCGCUACCCUUCUCGUUUAACCCCCGCGUGCUUCGCCACGGCGGCGUGCGUUCCUCUCGAUGUGGUUUGGGAGGUGGAUUUGAUGUCGACCGCGAUUGGGCGAAUCGUGGUCGAGGGGAGCCCGGGGUCGAUGCCGACUUUCCUCGUCUUCGGCGAUGAUGCGAGUUAUCAAAGGGUUCGUUUGAGCGAUCUGCGGCGUUCCCCGCCCGCUUUUUCGCGUUCCCCCCCUUCUGCGGAGCGUUCGUUGCGGUUUCCGAUGGAUAUCUCGGGCGUCGUGGCGGCCUCGCCGCGGGUGUUGGUCGGGCGACGGGGAAUGGAGGUGUCGGUGUUUUGCCGCCAUCCGACCGCCCACGCCUGGCGAAAAGUCGCCGCGUACGACGCGAUCAGAGCCCCGCGAUUGAUGACGGCCGCGAUUUAUGAGGAUGGCCUUGGGGUGAGGGUCUACUUCGCCCACUGCUCGGAUGGCCAGGGGAUCGAAGGUCGUCGCUAUGAACUUUCAUGGAAUUCCCCGACCCAAUCGAUCCCGCGCGGGGAUGGCACCGCGAGCGAGGAGGUUUGGUGGUCAAACACCGACACCACCAUCCUCGCCGGCGGGUUCCUCCCUGGGAAGGAUUUCAACUGCAGCGUCUACCUCCCCCCUCCUUUUGAUGGCUUUCUCCACGGUAAUGAGGAUUCCAGUUUACUCUCCACGGGCGCCGCCCCACCGCCACUUCCGGGGGACGAAACCGAAGAGGGCGAAGAAGGAAAAGGAGAAGGAGGGGGGGGAGGAGGGGGGCUUCUGGACGCGGCGAGGGCGCACCUCUUUCGAGGGCCCCACCGCUCCAACCUCCUCGCGCUCUGCGGGAUGCCCGGUGGAAUCGCGGAGGUGGGGGGGUCGCCGUCGCCUCCGUGGGCGGCCUCGCCUCCCUCGCGGUUUUGGGGUGGCGGCCGCCUCAGGGGGGGUGGCGCGUCCUCGCGAGCACCCACGAACUCGAGGCGCGCCACGAGACGGGCGCGAUUUCCCCCCCCCCUUCCUCGAGGAUUUCCAAAAAACAGCCCAAAAGAUUCACACGCGUCUCCGCCGCGCGCGUGCCGCGUUUUCUCUCCGUCUGCAGCCUCGGUGGCGGGCACCUCCUCGUCGGCGGCAGCGACGCCGCGCUGCGGGUGUUUCAUUUCGACGAAACCACCGCAUCGCUCGCGCGGCAACUCGCGUGGGUGCCGAAUGCGCAGCACCCAAAGCCGAUCCUUGCCCUCGCGUUGCUUUCGGAGGAAACCCCGAUGCGGGAAGAACCCACGGGUGAAACCCGACGGGUGUUGGUAG